GAACUGGUUCAGCUUACCAAAACCGGGUCGUCCCCAGCAUCCAGAGCAUGCCGAAACCGAAAACGCAUAAAAUAUCUCCGACGGAACCGAUGGAAGGAUCCUCCACCGUCAGCCGCUGAUAACUUGUCGAAUUUCCGGGCCAAUUCCAAUUCUUCCCCCCUCAAACCCAAAUGGGUUGGCUUCUGGUUCCCCGUAGCACGCUGGCUUCAAGCGUCUAAACCGGUGGAUUUGUCCCUUUACGGAGAGAAAGGGCAGGUAGGGGAAGAAAACUAGCUCAUGGCUGUGGCGGCUGGGCCUUCUUCCUCCUUCUCUUGGCCUUCCAUCUCUCCCUCUUCUAGUUAUUUUCAUAAGAAUCUGAAGUUGGCAUCAUUGAUAUAUUCUCAUGGGCAAAAAUAUGGGAUGCUGCAGCGAAAUGAUGAUAAAGUUUAUGGGGGAAAAUCACUCCAGAUUUUACAAAGAUCCACUAAGUCAAAGGAAGGGUUUCUAGUAAGGCAAUUAAUAUCUUCUGCUACUUCUGAAGGACAGUCAUCAUUCAAUGAGCCUGAUUUGGAUACUCCAGAGUCAGAUAUGUUGGUUUCUGAAAAUGACUCUUUAAGAACCAGUCCAUCUCAUCUUACCAUAAGAACUGGAGGAAAACCAGGGUUUAUCUCAUUCCAUGGUAUUCCUUACCAAAGAAGAGAUGAAACUUUCGAAUCUUGUCCCAGCAAGGAAACAUCCAAGUUUUUCUGGUUUAUUGGUCCAACUGUCUUAGUAGCGUUCUUGGUUUUUCCAUCACUGUACUUACGGAAAAUGCUUUCUGCCAUAUUUGAGGACUCUUUAUUAACAGAUUUUCUAAUACUGUUCUUUACAGAAGCUCUUUUUUAUAGUGGAGUUGCAAUUUUUGUUAUGCUAGUUGAUCUUGUCUGGAGACCUGUACAGCAAUUAGCACCUCUAAAUAAUUAUUGGCCAAAAACCCAGUAUGGUCUUCGUGUGUCAUCUGUUGUAACUUUGGCUCUGAGCCUUAUAAUUCCUCUUCUAACAAUGGGUAUGGUUUGGCCAUGGACUGGGCCAGCAGCUUCAGCUACUCUUGCACCAUAUCUAGUAGGAACUGUUGUACAGUUUGCAUUUGAGCAGUAUGCGCGUUAUCAAAAGUCGCCUGCUUGGCCGGUCAUUCCUGUCAUCUUCCAGGUGUAUAGAUUACAUCAAUUGAAUAGAGCAGCUCAGCUGGUGGCAGCACUCUCCUUUUCAGUGAGAGCAGCUGAGGUAACAUCGCAAACAUUGGCUAUAAGCAACUCUUUGGCGACUCUAUUGGUUGUUCUCCAAAUCCUUGGAGUUAUUUGCAUCUGGUCACUUUCAAGCUUCCUCAUGAGGUUCCUUCCUUCUUCCCAAGCUAUACCCGAGUCUUGAUCCUACUGUAAGGUUCAUGAGCUUCCCUCAUAGUAGAAAUUGCAUUUUGUUUGCACUGCAAAAGUUUAUCUCGCCUUUUGGGUUGGCGAUGUGAUACAAGCAAUUCAGCACCAUAUGCAUGGAAGCUGAUGGUUAUAAAAUUCCAUCUAAGAGUAGCUGCGACACUUUAAAUGCAGAGAGGAAGUUUUAAACUGCAAAUGUACCUACCGUCACUGGCUUACAAUGGCAUUGUCGAUCAGAAACCUUUGGGUCUCAAUCCUUGAAGUAUGUGUGGAGAUGUGAAGUCAGGGGGAAAAAAGAGAGAAGUUAAAAAUGAUGGUUGACUGGAUUAUGCAACCGUUCUUGUGCUUCUUUCAUCUUCUUUCUGGGUGAAACAUGCUAUAAGCUUUCUUGAACAUGCACCCAAGCCUUCUAACAGCUGAAAGAAUUGCACUGAGAAAGCUUAUUUCUUUCUGACAUGCUACAUCUUGUGCGUACUGUGUAUUAUAGAAUUAGCAUGACUUUUGGUGUAGAGCUGUCAGCUUCCCAAUAAUAACUUUGCCUUAAAUGUGAACCACCUUUCUACUUGCACUCAUUCAACAGUAUGGCAAAGAAGUGGCGAAAAAGUGGGAGCUCAAGUUUUCUUACAUAAAUGAGCGUCUUCCAUGUUAAUGUAAAGGUUGUUUAUUGCUUUGUGUAAUUCUUGUUUUAUCAGACAGAUGUCUCCAAAAGACCACUUUCUACUUUUAAUGAAGUGUCUUUUAGUGGACCCAAUCUGUCUCUUAUCACUUGUCGUUUCCGGUAAAAAUGAUAACUAGCAGACUUCUGUA